GUACAGGAGUAAGUCUGGACCAGAUCGUCAUGGCUGGCGCCAUUGCUCCGGGUCUGCACAGCGACCGAGGGUAUGACCGAUGACACGCAUGCAAGAUCCAUCGACCGGAUCGAAACCGGGGUAGACCCCUCAUGAUGACGUUGAUUCGCCGGCAUCUCUUCCAUGGCACCCUGCUUCACUGACUACAACCACAUCCACAGACCAUUGCGUAUGGAUUCACAGCCAGGGUUGUCGACGUCAUGGAGCAAUUUCGUAGAGACUCUAAAGCUAUAUAAGGGCACCUUUCCACCUUCGUUGACUGUCCUUCAUCAUCAUCAAUCAUCCACACUUUGCAAUCUACAACAUCCAAUCCAACUUUCAACUACUUCCAAACAAAUCCAACAACGACACAAUCAACAUGUCUGACACCGGUCGCAAGGAUUUCACCACUAAGGCCAAGGAGGAGAUGACUCCCGACUCCACCAAGUCCACCCAGGACAAGGUCAAGGAGAGCUUCACCGACACCACUGACCGUGUUGCCCGCGGCUUCCAGACCGACGACAGCAAGUCCGCUCCCCAGGAGGCUUUCGACAAGACCCAGCGCUCCCACGACAACGCUUCCCACGGCGGUGCCUCCGGCUCGAUUGGUGACAAGAUCAAGAACGCCGUCGGCCUGGGUGACAACUAACCCAUUAUCCAUCUUAAUAUGCAAUCGUUCGACGUGCCACGCCCAAUAGCACUUUCGCGGUUCUGAUGCAUGG